AUGUACGCCGGCAGACGAGUCGGCGCCGACAUCCGCGCCGCGAUUGUUGGUGGAGACGGACGGCGCGGAGGCGGGCUGUGCGCAGCCCGCUCAGAAGACGGCGUCGGCGUCGGGUACCGAAUCGGCGACUGCGGCUCUAUGCCCAGUGACAGCCAUUGGCUGGCCACCAUGGAUGGUGGCGGUGGUGGGCACGGGCCGUCGCCGUGGAGCGGGCACCGAGGCCGGGGUGGAGCCGGCAAGGCGAGGACCGGCGCUGGAGGCGCCGGUGGAGUUGGUGCCCUCGAUGGUGGCGCCGCGGGCGGAGCCGCGGAUGGCGCCGCGGGCGAAGCCGUGGACGACACCACCGAACGCCGUGACGGAGGGCCGACGUUUGCAUGUCGGUUUCCUCCGAAACGACGUCGUACAGGAAAACGCCCGGGGUUCCUGUUGAGAUCACGGCGUUCGCCACGAAAGCGAUAG